GGUGGUGAGAGCAUUACAUGCAGAAAACGAUAGACGCGACAAUAAUGAAGAGAGAGAGAGAGAGAUAGAGAGAGAGGGAGAUUAGUAUCUUUCUCCCUACUUUGUCUUCUAGUGUGGUGCGAAUGUUGGAAGCAUGGAGGCAAAGCAGAGGCCGAGAAUGGCGGCAGCCCAUUUCCUCCUCCUCCUCCUUCUCGACCUGAUUCCGAAACCACCACAUUAUCGCGCUAUUAUUAUCGUUCCCACCUUUUUAAAAAGUGAAAAGGAUGAUGAAAUAUCUGCGAUAUAAGACAUGGGUCCUCUCAGUUAUCUCCUGCGAGAGCCCCUCUUGAGAUCUCUCUCCCUCCCUCUCUUUCUUUCUUUGCCAGAGACACGUUAGGCCUGUCUGAAACGGAGAGUCUUGGUGUUUUUCUUUCCUUGUUUGCUUAAAGAACGACCUGGGGAUCUGCUAUUUCGGUAAAGUUUGAAUCUUUAUGGGUGGAGAUGGAAAUGGCAAUGUUCCUGGGACUGAUUUGAAGCAGUGACCGAGCUGAGACAGACCCUCUUUUUUUUUUUUUGAGACGAUGAUGGUCCAUCACGAGAAUCAUCACGGCGGCGGCGGCGGUCCCGCCGGCGGUGCGUUUCCCAAUGUUUUUCUAAUUCCUUCUGAUGUCUCUGGUGGUGCUCGUGGCGAUAAUGGUGGACUUGGAGGUGGAUUUGUGAGAAGUGUGCAGCCUUAUGACAUGGCUUCUACUGUUCACACUGCCUUCAAAUCCCCUGGAGCGAUGUUGGCAUAUCCCUUUACACAUGCACAGUGGAAGGAGCUUGAGAGGCAAGCUAUGAUUUACAAGUACAUGAUGGCUUCCGUUCCAGUACCUGCUGAGCUUCUCAUCCCCAUCUUAACGCCCAGGGACGGUCUCUCUCGUUAUCCCUUUGGGAAUGGCUAUGGUCUAAGAUACUCAAGCAAUGGAGAUCCGGAGCCAGGGAGGUGCAAGAGAACGGACGGUAAGAAGUGGAGGUGCUCGAGAGAAGUGGCUCCUGAUCAGAAGUACUGCGAGCGUCACUUGCACAGAGGCCGUCCUCGUUCAAGAAAGCCUGUGGAACUCCAUCCCUCCGUUUCCAAGAAGACCCGCCUUCUUCAUCAACCCAGUCCUCUUCCGAAAACAGAGGACCCUUCUUUGUUUCUUCAAAAGCCCAGUCAGAGUUCUCACUCUCUCGAAUCUCCGCUCAAGGAAGCUAGGAACACGGACUGGCUCAUGAUAGGAGAAUCUUCUCCAGUUCCAAUGCUGGAUCAACAACAAUGGCCAAGUACGAUGCAUGGCAAAAUAGGAUCAACUGCUGAGAGCUCACUCGACAAUUUCAAUCCUUUUCUAGUGAAAGAAGAACCCCUGAACCUAGGUUUUUCCACAGGUUAUCCUUCCGGUGAAAUCCAUCAUUUCGGCAAAAACCAAUAUUUCCUCAACUCAAAUUCGCUUCCCCUCGACAAGCCCAAGAUUGAGAAUCCCAAGGGAUUCAUUGAUGCCUGGUCCAGUUCGGUAUCAGCUGGCAACAAUAGCCGCUGCUCUGUUUCGUCAGAUGAAAAUAUCUCUCUUUCCUCACUCACUCUGUCCGUGGGUGGCAAUAAUUCAAUCCAAGACGAAAUGGGCCGAGCGCAUUUGGGCUUCAGUGUCUUGGAUUCUUAUCGGAAUCCAAGCAAGAGCCACUCUCAUGCCACUUGGCUUGGUUCGAAUUCAUGGAUUUCUUCAACGCCUGGAGGACCAUUGGCCGAAGUGCUCGGACCUGGUAUAAAUGCGACCCUUUCUAGUCCUCCAUCUCCUGGCGUAGGUAAUGAAGAUCCUGGUAGUGUUUUGACGACUACAGUUUCUUCUCCUUCAGGGGUCUUGCAUAGAACACUGGCUUCUUUGUCUGAUAGUAGUGGCGGUAGCAGUCCGACCCCCUCAAGUUCCAUGGUGAGGUCAGAAAUCACUCUUAAGUGGUUCAAUCCCAACAAAUUGGCAUCGUCUGAUUGAGGAGGCAGACUUUUCUAGUCAUCUUUGUGCGUGAGCUGUUACUUGACUGUGUUCCUGAUGAAUUUGCUUUGCAAUUUACUUUGGGCAAAAGUUGUAAAAUGAUUUGUGAAUUGCUGGAAAUCAAGACAGAUUGUUAAGUUGAAAGCACGCGACGGGUAUGUGAAUGCCGAUUCCUGAUGAA